AUGGCUACCGAAGACGAAGAGCGUUCCGCUGAAGCUCCGACGCCGCCGUCGGAUGCGCGCGGGAAGAGCCCUGUGGAGGAUGGAAGCCGCAAGAGGAAGAUGUCCUCCGCCCAACGCUCGGACGAUGGCACGGCGAAGCGAUCCAAACCUGAAUCCCGGGACAGCAAGCAGAGUUCUGACCAAGGGCGGAGGCCUUCGGGUGCGACGGAAGAGGAGAAACAGCGCGGAAAGCGCCUGUUUGGCGGCCUCCUGAACACGCUCAGCCAGAAGACCAGCAACCCCCAGCAGCGACGCCGCCAGGAGAUUGAGCGGCGCCAGCGGGACAAGAUGCAGCAGCAGGCCGCCGAGGAGGACAAGAAGCGUGCAGAGAAACGCGCGGCGCUGCAUGAUAUUCGCAUGGAGCAGCAGAUUACGUGGGAAGAGCGAGUGAUGCGCAGCAGGCACGCCAAGACGUUGAAGCUGGCGCAGUUUCUGCAAACGAGAUCGACGCCCGAGAUCUAUUUCCUGCCGCGAAGACUUAGCCGCAGGGAAAAGGACAUUAUCGAAGCCCAGGUCCGCAACUGCAAGGCCAGCAUCUCCAGAGAGCUCGAGGACUUCAAAGGACGCAAGGAGCAGCACCUGAAGCGGUACGGGUCGAGGAGGGACUCGGACGCCGCGCCAUCGCCAGCACAGCAUCAUAAGGCGGCGCAACACGAGCCAGCAGAGGAUGCUGUCAAGAAGACGGCUGCGCCAGUCCACGACAUGCACGACGACUCGGGUGAUGUCUUGGUCGAGGCUGAAGAGGACACAGUUAUUUACUGA